ACUAAUCAUGAUAACCUUCUGUCACUCUUCCACCAAAAUAAAACAUCAUUCACCUAACACGCAAAUGCUAACAAAAGCUUGCUAGCUAGCUGCAUGCCUCCUCCGAGCCUGUGCCAUCCUUCAGUACUCUAAUUAUUCUGUCAUCUUUUUACUAAAAUGCCUCUCCUGUUCGUCCUCCUCUUCCUCUCCUCGUAUGUUCGGACUGCAUUUUCUGCCCAUUGCAGCACCACCACACCCACCAAGACUUUUGAAAAAUGCAUGACACUCCCUACCCAGCAAGCCUCGAUGGCUUGGACAUUUCAUGCCCACAAUGCCACCCUAGACCUCGUGUUUUUUGGUACCUUCAUUUCACCUUCCGGUUGGGUGGGGUGGGGGAUCAAUCCUUCCUCGGCUGAAAUGACCGGCACUCGUGCUCUGGUUGCCUUUCCAGACCCCAAUUCAGGCCUGUUAGUCCUGUUACCUUUUAUUUUAGACCCGACAGUAAAGCUCCAAAAAUCGCCACCCCUCUCUCGCCCUCUAGAUAUCCAGCUUCUAUCCUCUUCCGCCACCCUCUACGGUGGCAAAAUGGCCACUAUACACAAUGGCGCGGCCGUCCAAAUUUAUGCCACUUUCAAACUUGUAAGGAAUAAGACCAAAAUUCACUUGGUGUGGAACCGUGGCCUAUACGUUCAAGGUUACUCCCCAGCUAUCCAUCCCACAACCUCCAGUGACUUAUCUUCCAUUGCCACCAUCGAUGUCUUGUAUGGUUUCAGUGCUGCCCAUAAAGAUGAUACCAGAACAUUAAAGACGGUGCAUGGGAUCCUAAAUUCUGUCUCAUGGGGAGUCUUACUCCCAAUUGGAGCUGUCACUGCAAGAUAUUUGAGGCACAUACAAGCACUAGGGCCAGCAUGGUUUUAUGCUCAUGCAGGGAUACAACUCUCUGCUCUUUUCAUAGGAACGGUAGGAUUUGCCAUUGGAAUUAGACUUGGGGAAUUAUCACCAGGAGUGGUUUAUGGCCUACAUAGGAAGCUUGGUUUCGCCGCAUUUUCCUUCGGAGCUUUGCAAACACUAGCACUGUUGUUUAGGCCUAAGACCACUAACAAGUUCAGAAAGUACUGGAAAUCUUAUCACCAUUUUGUGGGGUAUGCUUGUGUGGUGCUAGGAGUUGUAAAUGUUUUUCAAGGACUUGAAGUUAUGGGAGAGAGCAGGUCUUAUGCUAAGUUAGGAUAUUGUCUGUGCCUCUCUACAUUGAUAGGAGCUUGUAUAGCAUUGGAAGUGAAUUCUUGGGUGGUUUUUUGCAGAAAAUCGAAAGAAGAGAAGCUGAGAAGAGAAAGGUUGAUUGGAGGCGGGUCUGACAAGGACAGUGGGAGCCAUGGUUAAGAAGUUAACCUGUGAUCAGUUCCAUAGAAGAAGGAGAAGAAAAAUAUAAAACUGGUGCGACUGGGAUUUUGCAUGGUGCUUUUUGUAGGCCAAGAAAUUUGUUCGUUCUUCUUUUUGCAUCAUCUGGUUGUUAAUUAAUUAUUUUCAGGUCUGCAAGGAUGUUCUACAGAGAAAUCUCUAUAA